AUGGCGCCAGUACCGAACAGAAGCGCUGCUGAGCAGCCAAAACGGUACAAGGUCGUCAUCAUUGGCUCUGGUCCUGCUGGACAUACUGCGGCGAUCUACCUUGCGCGUGCCAAUCUCGAGCCAGUGCUAUUCGAAGGCAUGCUCGCGAACGGCCUCGCACCUGGUGGCCAGCUGACCACGACGACAGAUGUGGAGAACUUUCCCGGUUUCCCAGAAGGCAUCCGAGGGCCGGAGAUUAUGGACAAGUUCCGUGCGCAGAGCGAGCGAUUCGGCACGACUAUCUUUACCGAAACGAUCAGCAAGCUCAAUCUCUCGCAGCGGCCGUUCAAGUUCUGGCGUGAAGGGAAUGAGAACAACCCCGAGGCUGCUGAGCUAGCAGACACGAUCAUCAUGGCGACUGGUGCGAGCGCGAAGCGCAUGGCUAUUCCUGGCGAGGACACAUACUGGCAAUCGGGUAUCAGUGCGUGCGCAGUAUGCGAUGGCGCAGUGCCCAUUUUCCGCAAUAAGCCACUGGCAGUCAUCGGCGGCGGCGACAGCGCAGCGGAAGAGGCGACAUAUCUAACCAAGUACGGCUCGCACGUGUACGUGCUCGUGCGGCGAGACGAGCUGCGUGCGUCGAAGAUCAUGGCGAAGCGGCUGCUCAACCACCCCAAGGUCACUGUGCUGUUCAACACAGAGGCACUCGAGGCGAAGGGGGAUGGCGACCUGCUGCGCGCGCUGCGGAUCAAGAACAACAAGAGCGGCGAGGAGAAGGACUUGGACGUCAACGGGCUGUUCUACGCAAUCGGCCACGUGCCUGCGACGGGCCUGGUCAAGGGCCAGGUCGACUGCGACGAGGACGGGUACAUUGUCACGGUCCCGGGAACGGCACAGACGAGCGUUAAGGGCGUCUUUGCUGCGGGCGACGUGCAGGACAAAAAGUACCGGCAGGCGAUCACAUCAGCUGGGAGCGGCUGCAUCGCCGCACUUGAGGCGGAGAGGCUACUCGCCGAGGAGGAGGAGGUCGCGCCCGAGCAGGUCGCGGCGGCCAACCACUACCUUGGGACGGACAAGGUUUGA